AUGAUUGGUUUUAAAAUCAUAUUCCAAUCAUUUCCAAUCUCUUUGCAUAGGUUACUCUUGUAUUACGUGUUCACAUUUUUUGAAGUUCGUUUGUGGACCUGCGAAAAAUCAUCUCACCAUUGGCCGCCUGGGCAACUCAGAAGGCUGCGGCACCAGUCCAUGGCUAUGUUAGACUCCAGCCCCACGGGCGAAGAUUCCAAGUUCUGCGUGGUCCUGGGCGCGCAGUGGGGAGAUGAGGGUAAAGGGAAGUUGGUGGACAUUUUGGCACAGAACGUUCAGCUCUGUGCGCGCUUCAACGGGGGUGCCAAUGCGGGGCAUACCUUGGUGGUCGAAGGCAAGAAGUUUGCAUUUCACCUCUUGCCGUGCGGGAUGAUCAACAAGGCUUGCAAGAACCUCAUUGGCAACGGGGUGGUGGUUCACAUUCCAACUCUCAUGAAGGAGAUUCAGGAGUUGAAGGAUUUCGAUGCCAGAGCCUUGGAGCGGAUCUUCAUCUCUACCCGUGCCCAUGUCUUAUUCGAUAGCCAUCAGAUCAUCGAUGGGAUUUUGGAAGCGGAGCAGGGCACCAACUCGAUCGGCACCACGAAGCGCGGCAUUGGUCCUUGCUACUCCGCCAAAGCCAUUCGAAACGGUUUGCGUUUCGGAGAUCUCUUGCACUUUGAGGAGUUUGAACGUCGCUUGAGGGAGCUCAUUGCCUGGUCGCAGAAGCGGUUUGGUGACCCGCGUGAACGGGACACACCCGCGCAGUUGCAGCUGCGGAAGGCCCUGAGGGAGUACAACACCAAGUUUGCCUUCGACCCCGAGGGUGGCAAGAAGGGCGGUGUUGCAAACGUCGACGAGGAAGUGGCGCGCUACCGUGAGUUCGCCCAGAUCCUUCGGCAUCAAAUCGUGGACAGCGUGACGCUCAUCCACGAGGACAUCUCCCGCGGUUACAAGGUUCUGGUGGAAGGGGCCAAUGCUGCCCUGCUGGACAUUGACUUUGGCACCUAUCCAUUUGUCACGUCUUCCAACACCACCGUGGGCAGCGUGUGUACAGGCCUGGGUGUGCCACCCAAACAGAUCGACACGGUGAUUGGUGUGGUGAAGGCCUACACCACCCGAGUGGGCCAUGGGCCAUUUCCAACGGAACUCCAGAACGAGGCACAGAGUCUGCAGGACCACAUCGAGAUGUACGUUGGACCCGCACAGUCCAUGGAACGCAAGGGCCACAGCUCCGGACCCUACGAAGUGAAGCCCGGGCAGAAGGUGCGCGUGGGCGAAAUGCUGCAGGAGGUGGGCCACGAGUACGGCACCACCACGGGGCGCCGCAGGCGCUGCGGCUGGUUGGACCUGGCCCUGGUGAAGUACAGCGCCAUGGUGAAUGGCUUUGAUAGCAUCAACAUUACCAAGUUGGACGUUCUUACAGGUCUGAAGCAACUGCGGAUUGCCAUCGCCUACCGCAACAGUCGAAUGACUGAGGUCAGGUUACCCUGCGGCUACUUCCCAUCACAUUUGGAGGACCUGAAAGAAGUGGUGUGCGAAUACGAGACCUUGGAAGGCUGGGCAGAAGACAUUUCUGGGUGCAGUUCCUUCAAAGAUUUGCCAAGCAACGCGAAGAAGUACGUGCUGAGGAUCCAAGAACUUCUGGGCAUUCCAGUCUCAUGGGUAGGAGUCGGGCCGGACCGCGAGAGCAUGCUGAAGGUCGACGAGCCCAUCAUUCGUCCCGAUGGCUCCAUCUCGGUGUUUCGGCUGAACGCACCACGCAGCAUCUCCAAACUUUCCCUCAAGUCCAUUGAGAGGUGCUGCGAGCCCCCGCAGCAGCGGCCGCAUUUGAACGCCUUCUUACGCCUCUUGGUCUACGAACUGCCUGAAGCGGUGCUGGCACCACUAAGAGGUGCCUUUCUCCGCCUGGAUCGCGACUCCGACGGCCUUUUGUCCGCCGCGGAUUUACACGGAGCAGGGGCAGGGGGAAAAACGACCACAAGCUCCAGCUUCCUUGAUGCUCUCUUCGGCGAGGCCUCGGCCUCGCCCGAGGACGAAGAGAUCAGGUCCUUGCUGGCCGUCAGCGGUGGCGCCAAUGGCUUGGGCUUUAGCGACUUCGUUGCAGUGAUGAUGCCCUUUUGUGUGUCAUUGGAGGAGGCACAGUGUCGCCUUGCCUUCCAGCGCCUCGCGGGCGCGGAAGUCACGCUGAGUCGCAUGGUGCUGGUGGACACGGUGCAGGCGCCGCGCGCCGGGGCGGGGGAGCCCGUUGACCAUGGUCAAUCCCACAUGGAACAAAUGUUGAAGGAUCACUUAAGCAAGAAAAUGGAUGACUGA